UCAUGUGUUUUAGAUCUUACAAUUAGGUUAAACAUUUAUUUGUAUCACAAUGUUUGCAAAUGUAACGACACAUACACCUAUCAGGCUGAGAGAUUUGAUUCGCAAUAUUCGAGCUUGUAAAACUGCUGCAGAGGAGCGUGCUGUUAUCAAUAAAGAAUGUGCAGACAUCCGUAACGGAUUCCGCGACACUGAUACCACGUUUCGUUGCCGUAAUGUAGCAAAAUUAUUAUAUAUUUACAUGCUCGGAUUUCCUGCUCAUUUUGGCCAGUUGGAAACGAUGAAAUUACUCCCUAGUUCACGAUUUACUGAUAAAAGAAUUGGAUAUCUUGGUGUAAUGUUGCUUUUGGAUGAAAAUCGAGAAGUCCAGCUUCUUAUGACGAAUUCAUUGAAGAAUGAUCUUGACCAUUCAAGUCAGUACGUUGUCAGUUUAGCUCUCUGCGCUCUUGGAAGUGUCGGAUCAGCAGAGAUGGCUCGAGAUCUUGCACCUGAUGUUGAAAAGUUAAUGAGAAAUUCUAACGGAUAUAUCAAGAAGAAAGCUGUUCUUUGUGCAUGUAGAAUCGUUCGAAAAGUACCAGAAUUGAUGGAAAAUUUUAUCCCGUUGACGAAGUCGUGUUUGAACGAUAAAAACCAUGGAGUUGCCUUGGCAACUGUGUCCCUGAUCACAGAAAUGUGUAGAGCGAGUCCAGCAGUUUUGAAAAGUUUGAAAAAGCUGUGCCCGACUCUCGUGCGGAUUUUGAAGAAUUUAAUCAUGUCUGGAUACUCACCGGAGCAUGAUGUUUCUGGAAUCAGUGACCCAUUUUUGCAAGUUCGUAUUUUACGAUUGUUAAGAAUCCUUGGAUCACACGACGGCGAAGCUAGCGAGAUUAUGAACGAUAUAUUGGCUCAAGUUGCGACGAAUACUGAAACUAGUAAAAAUGUUGGGAAUGCAAUUUUAUAUGAAACGGUCCUCACAAUCAUGGAUAUCAAAUCUGAAAGUGGACUGAGAGUUCUUGCCGUCAACAUUCUGGGCCGAUUUCUUCUCAACAAUGAUAAAAAUAUCCGUUAUGUAGCGUUGAAUUCUCUUCUGAGGACAGUCCACACGGAUAUGAACGCUGUGCAGCGUCAUCGCACCACUGUUCUUGAUUGUUUAAAAGAUCCGGACCCUUCGAUUUUGCGUCGUGCAAUGGAGUUGUGCUUUGCUCUUGUGAAUAGCCAUAAUGUUAGAGGAACUGUUAGAGAGUUACUUGCGUUUUUGACCCGCUGUCCUCCAGAUUUCAAGUCAGACUGUGCAUCAGGAAUCUUUCUAGCAGCGGAAAAAUUCGCUCCUAACCGUCGCUGGCAUAUUGAUACGAUGUUGAAAGUUCUCACGACCGCUGGUAAUUAUGUUAGAGACGACACCGUUCCAAGUUUGAUACAUCUGCUAUCUGAUAGUGAUAAAUUACAUUCCUACGCCGUUAAUUCUCUCCUAAAUGCAGCAAAAAUGCCUGAAAAUAUUGACCAGCAGCCUUUAGUUCAAGUUUUAUCCUGGUGUCUUGGAGAAUAUGGAGACGAGUUAGCUGAAGGGCAUCAUGAUUCUGGAGAUGUAAUUGAGCCAGUUUCUGGCGACCAGAUUUUAGAUUUUCUUGAUGACACUAUUGAAAGUUCAUUAUCGAAUCCCGUAACGAAAGCAUAUGCUAUUAAUGCAAUAAUGAAGCUCAGUGCACGAAUACCAGGCAUAGAAUCUAGAGUUCGUCAAAUUAUUGAGCGCUUUGGAGUUUCACACAGCACCGAGGUGCAGCAGAGAGCUGUGGAAUAUUGUGCACUGUUGGAUAAGCAUCAUAAUCUAUGUGCUGGUGUUUUAGAAUCGAUGCCAAAAUUUGAAAAGCCGCCGGCGGAAUCGAUCGAAAGAGAAUCUGAAACAAAUUAUGGGGAGGAAUUGGAAGACGGAGAAACUGAACAAAAUGUGGCAACAGUGAAAGAAGCAGCAGCACCACAAAGCAAUAUUGAUUUAUUGUUAGAUUUAGUCGAUUUGAAUAAUUCCGCAGCAUCGGACACACCCAUUGUCCCGCCCAUGGGUGGGGCCCCUAUACAACCAAUACUUCCGAUGAGUAAUUCUCUUAAUCUCCUCGAUGACAUCAUGGGGUCUCCCCCACCCGCUAUGCCAAAUACGAACGGGAUUAUGGGUUCAGCCCCACCGCCAGCAAUUAACGGGUUAGCAGGGCUGAUGCUUGGUAACCCGGCCCCUGUUGCCACAAAUUUCAUUCCAGAAAUGACAGCGUUUGAAAAAGGAGGUUUGAAAGUUAUUUUUUACUUCGAUAGGAAACCAGGAGACUCGGUGCUUUCCAUCAAUGUCAAAACAAGUAACCUGACCCCAUCUGAAAUUUCGGAUUAUGUAUUCCAAGCAGCGUUACCGAAGCAGCUACAACUCCAGAUGUUGUCGCCAUCAGGAAACGUGGUUCCACCAAACAGUGGUGGCACUAUAGAACAGCCAAUCAAAAUUAACAACCCAGGAAAAGUGCCGUUAAGAAUGAGGCUACGAAUCUCAUAUACGAUCAACGGACAACCUGUUACUGAAAUGGGGGAAGUGAAUAAUUUUCCUGCCGCUUCAUGGCAGUAGAGAGUUUCAAGUGGGCUCAUUGCCCCCCUCAAAAGUGUAUUAUCACAAACUUGAAACUAUCAAGAUCAUAUAUUUAUAUAGUUAUAUUUGAAUUUAGACCAAUUAUGAUGUAAUAAUAAUAUGUUCCCGCACCAACAAAUUUUGUCAAUCAGGCCUUGGCAUAUGGGGUAGUUAAUAAUCCUGGGUUUGCAUUUUCUUCUUAUUGUACUCGGAAUGGUAUAUUAUGGAAUUAUAUUCAAUAUUUAAAAUUCUUGGUUUUCUGAUAUAUUAUAGGGUCCUUGAAGUCUCAAAAUUUUUUUAAACUGCCAAGGGAAUUAUCGAUACCAUAUUGUUUUGGCCCUCACAGAUGUAUUAAAUGAGGUAAAAAUGAUUGAAAAACAACAAUCCUGGUUAAGAUAUAUUGAGAACUGACUUCAUAUCAAAAUUGAAAUGUACUAAAGGGACACCUGUAUAAUAUGUCGGUACUUCCAUAGUAUGUGUACCAGGUUAUGGUUAGGGCAUAAUUUUAUUUUGAUUUUCCUUAUUUAAGUUCCUU